GGGUUUGGAAGUUGCUGUUACUCACUACAUCCACAGCUGGGAUUGGAAGUUAUAAACCAAUGCAAAUUUAAGAUGACAGAUUGAACGGGCUACAAAUGGUGACAAAAAAUAUGUAGAUAUCAUCGAAAUCCAUCAUCAGAAUUAAUUGAAUAAUCAGGACACCAGGCUUUUGUCCUGGCUGAUCUCUUGGAUGUUGCUGUUCCGUCCCAUUAAAGACACUAAACAUCACUUGAACACUUAAGCAACAAUGGAGCCAAAAGUGAGGAGCCCAAUGAAAAACAUUGCAGCUGCGUGGGUGAGAAAAGAUGUUGCUGACAUGGGGUUGUUAUCAGAAAACUGCACAAGUACCAGGGAUGGAAGUCCCAGUUCAGCAACAAAUGCUGAGGCUGACAUUCAGCGCAGCGUGAAGGCCAUUGUACGGGAACUGGACCAAAGACCCCUGGGAGGCUCAAGCAGUCGAGGAAUGUUUCGAUGGACAUUACAUAAGAAGUCUGAACGAGACCCGUACAACAGCAUUUUUCUAGUUAAAAAUCUCAUAAGUGAACUGGAACUGGCAAAGAAAGAUAAUAAGCACUACAUUCUACCUUUACUGAACAUCCUAAUGUACACAGUUAUUCAGGCUGCAUAUAUUCCUGAUGAGCUUCAUGAAAAAGCAUAUAAAUUUUGCAAAGGGCUGUUAUCCUUCGCCAAACCCUACUGCACCAUUGCACAUGAAUAUGCAGUUAUGUUAAAAGCUGAAAGAAAGGCACCAGGUGUAUUAUACCAAAGAUUAAUUAUUUCUGAACAUGGACUGAAAAAUGACUCAUCUUCACACUGGGAACGGGUUUUUGUACUUGCUGAUCCUGAUCUUAUCUCUGAAGAGGUCUGUAAUGCUCUUUACAAUGAGAUCCAUUCAAUGAAUCCUAAUGAGAUAUUCACUAAGAAUAUGGGUCAUGUUAUAAAACACACCAUACAAGCAGCCCUGGGAGAGACCUGCAAUAUCAACAAACUGGAUGAGGUUUUGCAGAGUAAACCUUUCAAUGUGAUUGAGUGUUAUUUCCAGGAAGUGGUUGCUAUCACAGAGCAGUCUUGUUUCUCAUCAGAGGAGGUGACUGGAACCCAGAAGAAACAUAUUAGCACGUUGCAGCAACUUUACCAAACAAUAAUGAGCUCUGCAAACCAAGUGCUUCCUCCAAAAGACAGGCUGCAGAAUAUUCUACUGCCAAAUCCGGAUAUCGGCUUUUUCAUCUGGAAAGAGGAUGAUCUACUCUGGAAGGAACUGGUGCAAUUUGUUAAAAGUCGAUGUGGCAGUAGCCAGGACUACUUGAAUAGUGAUUCUGACAAUUCUGAACUGAGUGAGACAAUGGACAGUCUUAGCGCUGAUCAGACAAGAUUAUCAGUUCUGUCAAAUGACAGUGGUAUUGUCAAAGAUUGUGGGGAUCUUCCUCUUGCAAAUGACAUGCCAGCUGCAGGGCCCAGUGAGAAAGAGCAGACCAAGUUUGUCAGAAAAGCCUGCAUAAAGAAGAAAAGCUAUGAUUCCGAAAACACACUGAACCUUUCAGAUAUUUAUGAUACCUCUGCAACAGGAGAUACUGUGCAACUGCAGCGUAAGUUUGGUUGCAAUACAAUGCUGUUCAACUUCGAACAAAAGAAGCCUCACACUGCGCGUGUCGUAGUACUUGGGAAUGAUUGCAUUUUGGGACGAUUGGCAAAGGCUGUUCUUUCUAUCAGGAAAAGAGAAACAAGAAGAUGUAUUCUGACCUCAAAACUAAACCUGCAGUUCUAUUACAUCCCAGUUACUAAUGAGGAGCAGACCCCAGUAUCUGCCAGCAAGGUCAUCCCAUUAUUGCGUAGUGACUUUUCUUGUGAAAUGUCCAGGUAUUUGGGUAGCAUAGACCCGUGGUACAACAGCAAUAUCAACAGCCUGCGAGAUAUGAUACCUGAACUAGCUAGAACGUCACUAUCAUCCAGACAACAGCCCAAUGCAGACCCAUUUAUUUUGGAUGUUACCUCAUACUAUGUAAGAAUGGGAUAUCAGCCUGUUUGCUUUCAAAUCUACCGUGUAAUGUUUACUUUUAUAGACAAAACCAUUAAAUGCGUGGAUGAUGUUUUUCUCAUUCAGCUUGAUGCAGAGCUUCCGGAAGUAAAGUACAGCAAAGAAGGCUCAUUAACAAGAAAGAGGACAGUAUCAGAUGGAGUAGGGGUACAAAUUGCAGUUACAUAUAAAAAGAUUGCAUUGAGCAACAGGGAAAGUACAAGACAGUUCAAAAGUCGAUGCACUGGUUUAACCAUGAAAACAAUUCCUUCAACUGAGGCUGAAGAUCUUGUUUGCCUGAAUGUAAUCAUCUCUGAGGUAACAAACAAGUUGAACCUAUCUGGAAAAAUAUCUCUGAUUGAAAACAACAAGAUCAAAACAUCCCAUAUUAAGAUUGAAAUCCAGGAUACACUUGGAAAAGCUUUGUUUGUUUGUCUGGACAAGGAUUCUAGAAGAAUAUACAAAGAUGUUGUCAGCAUUGAAGUCUCUCCUUGUGUGGACCCUGGAUACAGCUUCCAUAAAAUGAGGUCACUGAGGUUUGGUCUCAAUGGAGCGGAAAAUGUUGGAUUAACUAAGUACAUGCCAAAAUCCCUGUUAUUACCAAUCAACACAUUUGUAGGUAUUCUGUAAGUUGAACUACCUGUUUCAACUCGGGCAACAGGUCACUUGCCUGAAGAAACCAAUGAUUUGGAGCUGCUAGAACUGUAGGACAGAGUCACAAUUACAAGUUCAAUUAUUCAGGAGUACCUCUUCUGUCCGAUGGAUUACUUAAGAACAAUUGAGUCACACAAUAUUAGAGACAUUUCCUUCAAACCUGAAAGCCCGAAGGGUGGAAAACGAACCUGCAGAAUACCAGAGGCACUGGUCAGAGGAGCUUGAAACUGAUUGAAAGUUACCUGCAGCAAAUCAUAAAAGAAGGGUUUUGAUGGUGAAGAUUUUUUUUCUCCACCUGGAAGUUAUUCUUGACAUAAUGGGCAGGACUCAGCAUUGGGUCAAGUGGGUUCCCAGAAUCUGCACUGUGCUAGGAGUACUUGCCCAACAAUGAUUUUAUGUGAAUUGGUUGAUCAGUGGCCCAAAGAUGCAACUGUUGUCUGAUUUCGAUACAGUUGGCAGAAUUUAAUAGGAAGCCUUCCAGUAUGGAUGAAGUUGCAAUAUCCUGUUUACAGAUAAGGGAGAGAGAGGGCCAAUUCAUGUUGACAUCAUGAAAGCAACAUGGAAGUAGGCCAUUCGACCCAUCGAGUCCAUACUGACCCUUCGAACAGCAUCCUACCGAGACCCAUGCUAUGCCUUUAAUCCUGUGUUCCCCAUGCUGAUCCACCUAGUCUACACAUCUCUGGAUACUAUGGGAAAAUUGACAUGGCCAAUCCAUCCUGACCUGCACAUCUUUUGGAUUGGGGGAGGAAAACCAGAGCAUCCAGAAGAAACCCAUGCAGACACAGGAAGAAUGUGCAAACACAGCUAAUGGCCAGGGCGUGGAAUUGAACCCAAUUCCCUGGCGCUGUGAGGCAGCAGUGCUAACCACUAUACCACCAUGCUGCCCACGUGUCCUCUCUCAAUAUUUAACAAAUGUCAACUUAUCAUUUGUGGAGGAUGAACUUCUCCACAGGGCACCCUCUGGUGUAGACAGAUGAGUAGAGAUCAAAGACAUCUGGGAAUGUAGGUCCCCUGUCCUGCUGCUCGGAGGUCACCUCCAGUUAGGGUUUGAUACUUGUCCUCCAUUGAUUUUUUAACUAGAUUUUUUGGGGAGGUGACAAUUUGACCUCAUACCAGCUUCCAACUAAAUGGCUGAAGGGGGCAGGAUGGUAUUCCAGAAAGUAAAGUUCACACUUGUCCACCUCUUCGCCUAGUCCCUUCCCAUCCCACCCAAUCCCGGGAUGAAUCUAGUCCUGUAUUUCAAGAGAUAUUCUAUUAUUUGAGUUUGCAUACAUGCAGGUUUUUUGCUGUCAAAAUUGUUUGUUACAAAUUUUUAACACAGUAAAAUUAGUCUAAACUGAAUUUAGAUCAGUGAAAUCAACCAUUCUAAAUGAAGUAAUUGUAAUUUGAGUUUAUAGCUAUCAGUAAUUUUCACCCAAUGUUGGAACCCACUGUUGUAAUGACUAGGUUAGCUGUUCAUUUAACAAUGUGUAAUGGAAUUCUCAGAAAUUGGUCUUUAUUGCACGGAGUUCCAUAAGUCUUCUAGCACUGUGGUGGUGUCCCUGUGUCUGGACUAGAAGCUCCAUGUUCAAGUCCCAUGCCAGCACUUGUUGGCCAAGAAUGGUGCAUUUGUAAUUAGUCUUACAGCUCAGAAGGAGCUCAGUCAGCCUCUCAUGCCUACAUCAGUCUUCAAAUGAGCAUCAUUACUUCCUGUGAGUCACCUGUUUUUCCCACAUAUCCUUCCACAUUAUUUUUAUCUAGCAAAUUGUCCAUUGCCCUCAAGAAUGCUUCAAUUGAACCUGCUGCAAUCACAUUUCUGGUCAGUGCAUUCUAUACCUCAAUCACUUGCUAAAUGACAAUGAUUUUUUUUCUCAUACCAUUCUUGCUUCUUUUGCAAAUCACUUUAAAUCUAUGGCCUGUCAUUGUUUCUUUUACAAGCAGGAAUAGUUUCUCGCUAAUCAUUAUUUCCAGCCCACUCACAAUCUUGAAAAUGACUAUUAGGUCUCCUCUUCGUUUCCUUCUUUCCAAGUACAACCCCAACUUCUUCAACCUAUCCUCUUAACUGAAGUUUCUCAUGCCUGGAAUCAUUCUUGUAAAACACUGUCCAAUACUUAUACAUCUCUCCUAUAAUAUGGCAACCGGAGCAAUACACAGUAGUUCGUUUGAGGUCUAACAAGUAUCUUGCAGGUUGAUUGUCAGCCUGUAACUUCUUCCCCUCUGUCUGAUGGAAGGUUGUAAAAACAGGAGAGCUUUCUUGGUAAGCCAUCUUGAAACAGGCAAUGGCAAAAUACUAGAAUACUUUGUCCAUAAAUGUGGACCAAUCCAAUGGAGGUUCAUGCUUCAGUAAACAAAGGCAGGAGAAAAUAAUGGCCAGAAAGAUGAAUGGAGUUGCAAUUGCCUUUGUGAAGAGGUAAAGAAUAUUUGGUAAUACUUGACUAGCCCAGUGUUUGCUAUGACUGACGGUGGUAUUGCUAGUUACGAUGCAUUUUAUUUAAACCAGUUGAAUCUUUGGAAUUCUCAAUCCCACAAACUGAGUCACUGAAUAUCUUCAAUGCUGAGAUAGACAAUUAAAAUGUAGAGAAGUCAAGUUUGGUGAUCAGGCAGGAAGAGGGAGUUGAGAACAAGCUUAGAUCAGUCAUAAUGAGCACUGGAGUAGGCUUGAGGAGCCAUAUGAUCCACAUCUCCUUUUUGUAUGUUCUUAAGAAAUAUACUUUAAAAAUUAACAAAAAAACAAAUCCCCAUAUCUCUUAUGCAGUGAUUUAUUUUGUCUCCAUUCAACUGAAAAGAAAAUGUGGUUUCACUGACUAUUGAAAUGUCAUAGUGAGGUGUGCAAAUUUUUUCUUGAAACAGAAGUUGAAGCUCUAUGUUGGCCAUCUUUAGAAUAUAGUUGCGAGCAUCAUAAAAUUGUAGCCUAAAAAUAAUUUUGUUCAGAAAAAAUUUACAGAACUAUUCAUAAAUAUGUAGGUCCAAAAUGCCUCAAAGGUGCUGGUGUUAUUGCAAUUAUUUAAAAUUUUUAAAAAAGUAUCUCUUCAGAUUCAGAAUGAAGACUGAUGGACCGUGUGACUGGAAAGUUGCUUCACUACAUAGAAAUAAAUGCACUCUGGGUAUGGAAGAGGUGGGUCACAGGGGGUUGUGAAGGAAAAGUGAUUUCUACUGUUUACUACUUGGAACAAAGUCACAAACUCCCUCUUUCUGCUUGUAAUUAGUCAAAUAGAUUGACCAUCAGCCUUUAUAUACUACUAAUACACUUGAUAAUUUAUGUAGAAAUAAUGAACAGAGGAAAUUCUUCUC